AUGCCUCCCAGCCUCACCGGCUACUACUGCUUUGUCUCGCAGAAGAACUUGGAGGACUACCUGCAAGCUCUAAACAUCAACAUGGCUCUGCGGAAGAUGCUGCUGCUCGAGCCAGGCAAGGAGACUGACCAUCGGGGCAACCACGUGACAGUGAAGACCCUCAGCACCUUCCGAAACAAAGUUCUGGAAUUCGAGGUGGGAGUGCAGUUUGAGGAGGACUUGAGGAUCACAGAUGGACAGAAGUGCCAGACCAUUGUCACCUGGGAAGAGGAGCAGCUGGUAUGUGAGGAGAAAGGGGAGGUCCCUAACCGGGGCUGGAGACACUGGCUGGAGGGAGAGACGUUGUAUCUGGAAAUGACCGCAAGAGAUGCAGUGCACAAGCAGGUCUCCAGGAAGGUCAAGUAG